AUGGCAGCGGACCAGGUCCGAGAAGGCGUCUUUGCCAUCAACAAGCCUUGCGGCCAAAGCUCAGCGCAAGUCAUUCGCGAAUGCCAGCAAGCAUUCAAUCCCUCUAGCUUCUUCAAACCAUUGAUCGAUUCCGAGGUCGCAAAGCGCAUUAGCGAAUCCGGCAAAGAGUUCGCUCGUCGUAAGCUCAUCAAGAAGGCUUCGCAGGUCAAGAUGGGCCAUGGAGGAACCUUAGAUCCUCUUGCUACAGGUGUUCUCAUACUGGGCAUUGGAUCAGCCACCAAGUCUCUUCCCCAGUUUCUGGAAUGCACCAAGACGUACGAGACCAUUGUCGUAUUUGGCGCCGCGACCGAUACCUACGAUCGAGUAGGUCGCAUUCUGACCAAGCGGCCAUAUGAGCAUAUCACUCGCGAAAAGGUUGAGAAGGAGCUCGAAACGUUCAGGGGCCGUCAGAUGCAGAUCCCGCCCCUAUACUCUGCCUUGAAGAUGAACGGGAAGCCUCUGUAUGAGUACGCGCGCGAAGGCAAGCCCAUUCCACGACAGAUUGAGGGCCGAGAAGUCGAGGUCAAGGACAUCGAGCUGGUGGAAUGGUAUGAGCCUGGGAAGCACAAUCACCGAUGGCCAACCGAGGAAGCUGAGGCUGCAGAGCGCAACCUGGCGGAGCAGGUCUGGAGGGUUAAGAAGCAACAGGAGACCAACAAGAAGUUGAGCCCAGAGGAGAAGCAACAGGACGAUAAAGCGAUAGCGGCGCACGAAUCGUUCAAGCGCAGCUUUGAGGAGCGUCAGGAUGCGCUUAUCAAAGAUGCACCAUCGAAGCGAUCACGGAAGUCCAAAGAGCCUCCCAUGAUGUCUGGCGCUCUUGGACAGCUACCACAGCCGACAUACUCUAAUAAGGGCUCGAACCUGGUUUCAGAGUCGCCCGAUACAAGCACGCCUCCCCCAUGGAGUGACCAAGGACCUCCCGCCGUGAAGGUGCGGUUAACUGUAACAUCUGGAUUCUACGUCAGGAGUUUCUGCCAUGACCUAGGGGCUAAGCUAGAUUCAGCUGCUCUUAUGGCAGAGCUUGCUCGGACACGCCAGAGCGAUUUCGAAGUCGGAAACGACAACUGUCUCGAAUACGAGGAUCUAGCCAAAGGUGAAGAGGUUUGGGGGCCUCAAGUUGCUCGUAUGCUCGAGAGUUGGAGCAAGAACAAGCCACAACCACCCGCUAGUAACAAGUCGAAUAAGAAGAAAACUGACUCGAAGGGCAAUAGCUCACCUAAAUGGAAACAAGACAAGCAACAAACUUCCAACAAGGGAGAGAAGCGAAGACGAUCGAAUUCUCCAGACGAGAAAGAAUCGCCGCCUCGAAAGUCGAUAGCUCUUGAGUCCCAGGAGUCCUCCAAGCCUGUGAAGGAACCCAAGUCAGAGACGCCAAAGUCCGAAACCGCAAUUAGGUCUGAGGAUGAGAAAUCAUGGAACGGCAUUGAGGACUGA